AUGAAUACUCUGCUGCUGGGUACGGAGGCCGUAACUGAGGUAAAAUUACACCCGGUAGUGGUGCUGCAAGCACUUGACCGUGCACUUCGUCGUGCUAAAGGUAAGACACGCGUAAUCGGCACGCUUCUCGGUCGUGUAGAAGGUGGAGUCGCUGAAAUUAGCGACUCAUUUGCUGUGCCACAUUUGGAAAAUGGUGACGAAGUAGCAGUCGGUCGUGACUUCCAUGCGCACAUGUACGAGCUUCAUCAACGUGUAAAUGAGAAUGAGGUGGUUGUGGGGUGGUACGCAGCCGGUUUGGGUCAAUUGGACGAUCAUUCGGCGCUCAUCCAUCAGUUCUACAGCUCAGUCUGUGAACUGCCAGUGCAUUUGGUCCUGGACACGAACUUACGAGGAGACGCACUCAACGUGUCUGCUUACGUGUCGACUCCACUUGAGGUCGUGGAUACGGCACUUGUGAACCAGUUCAAGCAAAUCUUAGUGACCCAAAAACUCUCGGAGCCUGAGGCUAUUGCACUAAAUGCCAUGGCACCAAAGGAUGGGGAGGUGAAGGCGACAGCUUUGCCCAAGGAGUUGGAGGCACUGAAAGAGACGAUGCAGCAGCUGUACAAGUGUAUUGAUGGUGCUAGCACUUUUGUGGGUGACGUCGUCGCUGGUAAGCAGACGGGAGAUGCCAAACUUGGACGGGAGAUUGCGGACGCACUGGCGGCUAUUCCCGUGCUGCGUGGAGACCAGUUUGAUCAACUCUUUAACACGGGCUUGCAGGACCUGCUCAUGGUGUCGUAUCUGUCGGGACUUACGCAGGCACAGCUGUCUAUGGCCGAGAAGCUUAUUAACACCUAA